AUGGCCCGAGGUGUAGCACGUCGUGGUUCUUCAGUUCCUUGGCCAAGUGGUAUUGUUCCAUAUGAAAGUGCACCAGGAUACGUUCGUGUAUACACGGCUAAUGCAACUGCUUCAUCAACGUGGACAACAAAUAGUCCAAGUUUCUCUCGCUAUGGUACAUCAUAUUCGAGCUAUUAUUAUGAUACGUAUCAAGUCACCGUCCCAGUGGAUAGUUCUUACAACUUUAUGAGCAUCAGUAGAGCUAACACAUACGGCUAUUUGUACAACGGCAGUUUUCGUUCGUCUUCAACGUCUUCAAAUUUACUUACGUUUGACGAUGAUAGUGGCGGAAAUAGACAAUUUCGAUUCACAUUUUCUCUUCAACGUAAUUUGACGUACAUUUUUGUACCAACAACCUACUCAAUGUAUACAACUGGAGCAUAUACAGUGGUGGUAUCUGGACCAGAAUUAGCUAUCCUUGUUCGAACAAGUACCACAGGUGGAGCAAACACAUCUAGUGAGUAUACACUAAAACAAUACGAUCCGUUACCAAAUCUAUGUUUCGUGAAAAUAGAAAAACCUGGAGGGAUUUUAAAAUAUACACAAAUUGAGCAAGUUCGAAUAAAUUUUGCCUAA